CACCCCACACCCCACCCCACCCCUGUGGCCCCACCCUGACCCUCCCCCACAUCUCCGCCCCAGUAUGAAUGAAGUUAGCGUCGUGAGAGAGGGCUGGCUCCACAAGAGAGGUGAGUACAUAAAGACCUGGAGGCCUCGAUACUUCAUCCUGAAGAGCGAUGGCUCCUUCAUCGGUUACAAAGAGAAGCCAGAGAUGUCUGACCCCAGCCUGCCGCCCCUCAACAACUUCUCUGUGGCAGAGUGCCAGCUGAUGAAGACCGAGAGGCCUCGGCCCAACACCUUCGUCAUCCGCUGCCUACAGUGGACCACGGUCAUCGAGCGCACCUUCCACGUGGACAGCAAUGAGGAGAGGGAGGAGUGGAUGCGGGCGAUCCAGGCAGUGGCUAACGUGAAGACGCGGGAGGAGGAGGAGCCCAUGGACAUGUUCGUCCCCAGCGACUGCAGCGGUGUGGAGGCCAUGGAGGUGGCCAUGUCCAAGUCUCGCUCCAAAGUGACGAUGAGUGACUUUGACUACCUGAAGCUCCUGGGGAAGGGGACUUUCGGGAAGGUGAUCCUGGUGAAGGAGAAGGCCACAGGGAUGUACUACGCCAUGAAGAUCCUGCGCAAGGAGGUCAUCAUCGCCAAGGACGAGGUGGCUCACACAGUGACGGAGAGCAGAGUCCUACAGAACACGAGACACCCCUUCCUCACUACGUUAAAGUAUGCUUUCCAAACACACGACCGGCUGUGUUUUGUGAUGGAGUACGCCAACGGAGGGGAGCUGUUCUUCCACCUCUCGCGCGAACGCGUUUUCACGGAGGACCGCGCCCGGUUCUACGGGGCCGAGAUCGUGUCGGCACUGGAGUACCUGCACUCACGAGACGUUGUCUACAGGGACCUCAAGCUGGAGAACCUCCUCUUGGACAAGGACGGCCACAUUAAGAUCACAGACUUCGGCCUGUGCAAGGAGGGAAUCACGGAUGGCGCCACCAUGAAAACCUUCUGUGGCACUCCAGAGUACCUGGCACCCGAGGUCCUGGAGGACAACGAUUACGGGCGGGCGGUGGACUGGUGGGGGCUGGGCGUGGUCAUGUACGAGAUGAUGUGCGGCCGCCUGCCCUUCUACAACCAGGACCACGAGCGCCUGUUCGAGCUCAUCCUGAUGGAGGAGAUCCGCUUCCCCCGGAACCUGUCCCCCGAGGCCAAGGCCCUGCUGGCAGGCCUGCUCAAGAAGGACCCCAAACAGAGGCUCGGAGGCGGGCCUGACGACGCCAAAGAUGUGAUGUCACACAAGUUCUUCACCUCCAUCAACUGGCUGGAUGUCCUGCAGAAAAAGCUAGUCCCACCAUUCAAGCCCCAGGUGACAUCAGAGACGGACACGCGCUACUUUGACGACGAGUUCACGGCGCAGACCAUCACGGUCACGCCCCCGGACAAGUAUGACAACCUGGACUGUGAAGACCCAGAUCAACGCACACAUUUCCCACAAUUCUCCUACUCUGCCAGCAUACGGGAGUGAUGCUCACACACUAUCUCCAGCUCGCUCUCCCCCUCUAUCUCGUUCGCUCUCUCUCCCCCGCUCUCUCGUUCACUCUCUCCCCCCUCUCUCGUUCGCUCUCUCUCUCUCCCCUCUCUCUCGUUCGCUCUCUCUCUCUCCCCUCUCUCUCGUUCGCUCUCUCUUCCUCUCUCUCUCGAUCACUCGCUCUCCCUCUCUCGCUUACUCUCACCGUCUCUCUGUCUCUCGCUCUCGCUCACACGCUCCCUUUCUCCUCCGCACGCACUCACUGCGGUGGAAUGAUCUCAGCAGCUGACCUCUCUUACACCAGCACACCCACGUAGACGCGAGGCGAGAGCCGGACGUUCGGACGCGAGGCGAGAGCCGGACGCAGACGGAUGGACAGACGACGACGACCUCAUCGGGAGCAAAGUGCCUUGACUGUCACUCAGACCUGCCCCACCCGCAGCCUGCCGUCUCCGUCCACCGCACCACACUGCAGCACAGUCACAGAGCAGGGAGAGGGAAAAAAAAAACACACCAAAAACUUUUUUCUUGUUUUUAAAAGAAAAAGGAAAAUCUACUCCAAAUGACAUCAUUUUUAACCCCCCCCCCCCCACACACACACACACACACAUGAUUGUUACGGUUUUAAAAGCCAUAUUUCUGCAGUCUUUACAAGUGCUCUUUCUGGAACUGGCUGUUACCAAUAAUAUAGAACUGUUCCUAUGGGCGAGAGGGAGUCGGGGUGGUUCUGGGGGCAAAUCGGCGGUUUCUCUUCCCACUCGAUGUGCGUUUGUGUAUCUGCUGGAUGUAUACAUCUGAAAAUUGUGUGCGUUUCCGAUGGUUGUGUACAUCUGAAAAUGUGUGUGUUUUGGUUAUGUGGGGGGACGGGGAGGAGCGGCUCUAAAGGCAACAGACAUGAAGAAAUUUGAGCUUUAAAUUAAACCAACUCUAAAGAGUGCUGUGACUUAGCGAAAACACCCUCAGGGCUCGCUAAAGAAACAAACCAGGGAACUCAAGUCUUCAGUCUGAAGAGGGCCCACAGGUCUAACGGUUGCUCUCUUCUUAAGCAUAAAUGUAAUAAUUUGUCAAUAAUGCUUUCAGUUGUAUGUGCAGUCUUGGGGGAGGUAUCCGUGUCAAAGGGUUUUGUAAGAAAUUUUAGUAUCUCAGCUGUUGAGAUAAGCCAGCCUGUCGCUAGGCACAUGAACUAGUACGUUUUAUAUUGAAACACUGACUGACACAGCAAGGGGUUGGCACUUAAUAGCUAGAGCUCUACAUCUGUUUAAUCUGAUGGAAAGGAUUUCUUUUUUUUUUUCCUUUUGAAGAGCAUUUUUUAUUUGAUCUGCUGCAAUGCUGGAAAGUGGUCACCAGGGUGCGCCACUAGCCCAGCAGAUGGGUGGAUUCCCUGUGGAGUUAUGAAAUUGUAACUGGGUGAAAAAUCUCUGAACACCCAGCUUGGGCAUCUGGAGGACUGCGUGUUCACUGAGCUGCACGCCUGUCUGCUGUUAGGAGACGGAGCUGCAGGUGACGCAGUGUGCUAUUGUGUGAUGAGGUUUGUGUUCGAUGGAAGGGUUUAAAGGCCUUUUAAAAGAUGGAAGGGUUGUCACUUGUCAUCUUUGUUUUUGUUUUGUUCGUUUUGUUUUGAUUUUUGUUUCUCUCCCUGUUUGUCCCCCCCCUAUCCCUUGAAACCUUUGAAGACAAAUUUAGUCUCAUUAAAAUAUAUAAAAGAUAUAUUUGUGAAAAUA